AUGAGUAGCGGUCAACAAGAGUAUAUUCAGAAAGGAAUUAAGAGCGCCGAACAAGCUACAGCAGAAGACAAAGCGCACAAUUAUGAAGCUGCCGCACAACAUUAUAUGACUGCAGCCGAUUGGCUUUUCCAAGCGAUGAAAUAUGGAGCAAUGAAUCCACAGAUGAAACAAACGAUACGACCUAAAAUAGAAAGUUAUGUGAAACGAGCAGAAGAAAUUAAAGAACUAUUGAAGAAAGGUCCAACUAAAAAGAAAGCUGUAGCUGACACUAGUACUGGACGUGGCAAUUCAAAAGAUAAUAAAGGCGAUGAUGACGAUAAUGGUGAUCCAGAUAGAAAGCGUAUGAUGCAAAAAUUUGAAAAUGCAAUUGUCACAGACCCAAAUGUAACGUUCGAAGAUGUCAUAGGAUUAGACCAAGCUAAAGAAGCACUGAAAGAAGCUGUUAUAUUACCAGUGAAAUUUCCACAACUUUUCCAAGGGAAACGUAAGCCGUGGUCGGGCAUUUUACUUUAUGGACCACCUGGUACUGGUAAAUCAUAUUUAGCCAAAGCCAUUGCUACUGAAUGUAAGAGCACAUUCAUUUCGAUCAGUUCAUCGGAUCUUCUUUCGAAAUGGCUUGGCGAGAGUGAAAAAGGUGUCAAAGGUGUAUUUGAACUUGCUCGUGACCGACAACCGUGUAUUGUAUUUAUUGAUGAAAUCGAUGCUCUCUGUGGACAACGUAAUGAUACAGAAUCAGAAUCGUCCAGACGUGUCAAAACUGAGUUUCUUGUUCAAAUGCAAGGUGUUGGAACUGAUAAUGCUGGUGUUCUUGUUCUUGCCGCAACUAAUAUUCCUUGGGCACUUGAUACAGCUAUUCGACGACGUUUCGAAAAACGUAUUUAUAUUCCACUACCUGGUGUGAAUGAAC